AUGAAAUCAAGAAGGGAAGGAUCUAUGCAUAGCACAGAUUUCCAAAUGGCAGUCCAAAGCGCACUGGGAAGACUUGGAGCGCUAGACACCCAGCAAACUGCUUUAGAGGAGAUAAAAUCUUUAUUGGAACAAAAUGCGACUUCAGAUGAAAAAAUCACGAUUUUUUUAAAUUCGCUUAAUGGGGUCAAUGAGCAUACUUUGACGCCAGUUCAUAAAAAGGAGUUUGUAAAGCUUUAUGGCUAUAUGGCUGAAGUAUUAGAAGGGAAUAUGAUACCUUUUAUUCCAAGAGUGCUUAAUACUUUACAAAAAAAGCUAAAAGAAGCAAAUGUUAAAAAUAUAAUUAUUUUUUUUAAAAAUAAAUAAAAAAAUAUUUUUUUAUAAAAACCAAGCAAACCCUCAUCUUUUUGACGCAAUAAGCUCUACAUUUGGCAUGAUAAUUCAUAACACUUUGCAUACCCUCCCUGAUCUCCCCAGCUCUUGCAAUCAGCUAGCACUAAUUCUCAAGCCGCUCUUCCAAAACCUCUCCACAAGUAACAAAAACGUCCAAAUUUGUUCAGCCCAUUGCCUAGUUAAAAUAAUCCAACAUUCCCCUAUAGAAUGUUUAAAAUUCAUGCUAGAAAAACUUUCUGCGAAAAUUCUUGAAUAUUUAAAUUCCCCGAACUGCCGAGCUACAGGUCAACUUAUUGAAGCAUCAAUUUCUUUAAUUCUUUCAAUAGAACAAGAUUUUGCUCCAUAUGCUGCGAGCUAUUUUCCAGCCCUUCUGCAAAGUGCUACAGAUGAAGACUUUGCGACUCGAAAACAAGCUUUGGAUGCCCUUUAUACACUAGCCGCAGUGAUACCGAACUCUGUUGUACCUUUUGCUUCAGAAGUUAUGCAAUUGCUGAAUAAAGCGAGGACAGAUAAAAUUAAGCCAGUUAGAGAUUCUGCUUUAGAAGCAAUUUCUUUGUAUAAAAAUUUGGUAAUUGAAAGCUCUCCAGGGAGAAAUGAUGGAAGACACUCAGAGCAGUCAAGACCGAAGUCAAUGUUUAAAGGACAAAUUAAUCCAAAUUUUUUUAAAGCUGCAGGAAACUUAAACGAUGGGCCAAUAAUUGAAAUAGCUGCUAAAAAGCCAUCAAAAACAGCCCCACCUGAAGAUUCGCCUUCUUUCCAAGAUGAAAUUGCGAAAAUCGAUGAUAAUUUUCAAAUACAGGAAGAGCCGAAUUUUUUUACUUUUAAGGAGCCAAAACAAGAAGUGGUCGAAGAGGAGCCUGAAGAAAAAAGUGAAGAAAAGGAAGAGGAAGAAAAAUUUGAAGAAAAUUUAGUAAGCUCAUAUAAAAGAAUAUUACUCAAUAAUAGGAAAUAAUUUUCUAAUUUUUAUAGAAAAAUACAUUUUUAUUAAUAAUUUAAUAUUAAUAUUUUGUUGAAAAAAAUAGAAAAAUUAAGCCGGUUAGAGAGCGAAAACCAGGAAUUAAAAACUCAAUUUUUCGAGUUUAAAAAGACCACAAAAUCAGAAAUUUCGCAAUUAAAUGACAGAUUAGGAGCAUUAGAAGAAAUGAUCACGACAGUUUCGAGGCUUUUUGACGCGAAAUUAAAACAAAUUACAUCAAACCCUAAGAUUGCAGCAUUAUUGUCGUAA